CGCUAACGGAGCCGGCGGCAUGGACUUCGUCAUGAAACAGGCCCUUGGAGGGGCCACCAAGGACAUGGGGAAGAUGCUGGGGGGCGAGGAGGAGAAGGACCCGGACGCGCAGAAGAAGGAGGAGGAGCGGCAGGAGGCGCUGCGGCAGCAGGAGGAGGAGCGCAAGGCCAAGCACGCGCGCAUGGAGGCGGAGCGCGAGAAGGUCCGGCAGCAGAUCCGCGACAAGUAUGGGCUGAAGAAGAAGGAGGAGAAAGAGGCCGAGGAGAAGGCUGCCCUGGAACAGCCCUGCGAGGGGAGCUUGACCCGGCCCAAGAAGGCCAUCCCUGCGGGCUGCGGGGACGAAGAGGAGGAAGAGGAAGAGAGCAUCCUGGACACGGUGCUCAAAUACCUGCCCGGGCCACUGCAGGACAUGUUCAAGAAGUAGCCGGCCCUGCAGACCCACCCCACUCCA